AUGACUACCGCUCAUAGACCUACAUUUGAUCCGGCCCGUGGCAAAGAAGCCCUUCGUGGUCCUGCCUACCAUCAGCGCCUUCUCCCAGCCCAUACCCAGCUCAAGUACCGCCAGGCCGGCCAAGGUGGUGCUGCCGAUGAAGGACCUACCCGCGAUCUCGCUGCCGAGCUUCUCGCUGCCGAAGCCGCUCAUUUCACCAAGAAGAAUGGCGCCCCUGCCUUGAUCGACGACGGUGAUGAGGACGACGAGACAAGCGUAUCUGGCGGCGCAAAGCGAGCGCUUCAAAGUGGCGACGGCGAUGAAGCAGAAGAUAUAGAGGCGAAAAGACGACGGAUAUUAGCAGAGACGAGAGACAUCGAUGCAGACGACGAUAGCGAGGAGGACGAGGAGGACAGUGAUGAGGAUGAUGACAGCGACGACGACUCAGAUGCAGAACUGCAGAGAGAGUUGGAUCGUGUGCGCAGAGAGCGAGAGGAGAGGAAGAAGAAAGAGGAAGCAGAGCGACUCAAAGAAGAGGAAGAAGCCCGAGAACGAAACAUUGCUCUCGGAAAUCCUCUUCUCAACAAGCAAGACUUUAAUAUGAAGCGCCGCUGGGACGACGACGUGGUCUUCAAGAACCAGGCGCGCGGCACAGAGGAUAAGGGCAAGAAGAAGGAAUUUGUAAAUGAUCUCCUUCGUUCCGACUUCCAUAGGCGUUUCAUGGGCAAGUACGUUAGAUAA